AUGUUUAUUUAUACGGCGUUUUCUGGCGAUUUAACGAAAAUCGCUUCGUUUCCGGGUCAUUAUACAGUCAAGCGAAUUCACGAGUAUAAACGCCAACUGCUGAAUGCACUUCACGUGAUCACCCUGUACAACCGUAUUAAAUCUGAUCCGAACGCACGUGUUGUGCCUCGUACAGUCAUAUUCGCAGGAAAGUCUGCACCAGGUUAUCAUAUGGCGAAGCAAAUUAUCAAGCUGAUCAACUCGGUUGCUGAAAUUGUCAACAAUGACCCAAUUGUUGGUAAUAAACUUAAGGUGGUCUUCCUGGAGAACUAUCGUGUCUCAAUGGCCGAGAAAAUCAUACCGGCUGCAGAUCUCAGUGAACAAAUCUCAACCGCAGGAACUGAGGCGUCUGGCACUGGCAACAUGAAGUUUAUGGUACAGCAACUUACAUCAUAUUGUGGAAUUAGCAUAUUCGUGCGAUGCCUCGUGAUCAACAAGCUUUCAACUUAUUAG